AUGGAUUCAUCUAAUCAAUUAAAUUCCUUCCGUAAUUCAUUUCAGAGAUGGAAUGAAAACAGGUCUCAAAACUCUCAAGGCUUCAAUGAGUCAGCGAAGACAUUGUUCUCAUCAUGGGCAGAUUCCUUCAACAACACGGCACAGGAUGUCUAUGCCAGGUUACCCAUGACAAGACAGGAUAUGGAACAAGAUCAGGAACCUUCGUGGUUUUCGUUAUCAAGAACUGAGCGCUUAUUGCUUUUCAUAAGUUUUAUAUUGGGUGCAGCAGCCUGUUUUACCAUUUGUGUGUUUUUAUUCCCUGUAUUAGCCGUUAAGCCAAGGAAAUUUGGUCUCUUGUGGUCAAUGGGAUCACUGUUAUUUGUACUUGCCUUUGGUGUUUUAAUGGGUCCGGUUGCAUAUUUAAAGCAUUUAAGUUCGAAGGAAAGGCUACCAUUCACUAUUUUUUUCUUUGGUUCUUGCAUUUUAACGAUUUAUUUUGCUGCAAUUUCAAGAAGUACAUUGUUAACUCUACCCUGUGCGAUUUUAGAGUUGAUUGCAGUGGUUUACUAUGCCGUUUCUUACUUUCCUUUCGGAGCUGCGGGUAUUAGGAUGAUGAGUUAUGCUGGUCUCAAUACCGCCAGGGGAGCAUUACAAAUAUAG